UAUAAGACUUGGGGCCUCCUGAAGCCCAUUCGCAGGCUUAGGGCCGACUCACAUCUCCAGACCAAUGGGCCGCGUAAACUUUCAUCAGCCCAGUUAAGAAACCACCAUCAACAUAUAAAUUCCUUUCUCACAAAAACCCUAAUGCACAUUUCCUUCCGCACACCGCACAAAUCUUCAGAUCUCUGCUUCUCUCUGAGCAAAGCUCGAAAAUGGCGACCCAAAUGAGCAAAAAGAGAAAGUUUGUGGCUGAUGGAGUGUUCUUUGCGGAGUUGAACGAGGUCUUGACUCGUGAGCUGGCUGAGGAUGGAUACUCUGGGGUCGAGGUCAGGGUUACACCGGUGAGGACCGAGAUCAUCAUCCGCGCGACUCGCACGCAGAAUGUCCUCGGUGAGAAAGGGAGGAGGAUCAGGGAGCUGACCUCUGUGGUGCAGAAGAGGUUCAAGUUUCCGGAGAACAGCGUUGAGUUGUAUGCUGAGAAGGUUAACAACAGGGGUCUUUGCGCCAUUGCCCAGGCCGAGUCCCUUCGUUACAAACUCCUUGGUGGCCUUGCUGUUAGAAGGGCAUGCUAUGGUGUUUUGAGGUUCGUUAUGGAAAGUGGGGCCAAGGGAUGUGAGGUGAUUGUUAGUGGCAAACUGAGGGCCCAGCGUGCAAAGUCCAUGAAGUUCAAGGACGGGUACAUGAUUUCUUCUGGUCAGCCCGUGAAAGAGUAUAUCGACUCUGCUGUUAGGCACGUUCUUCUCAGACAGGGGGUACUUGGCAUCAAGGUGAAGAUAAUGCUCGACUGGGAUCCAAAGGGCAAGCAGGGGCCCACAACCCCUCUUCCUGAUCUUGUCACGAUUCACCCUCCAAAGGAAGAGGAGUUCAUCAAGCCAGCUGCAGCUAUUGUGCCAACUGAAGUUGAGGUUCAAGCUUAGAGAGAGUUGAAAGCUGAAGUUUGUUUUGCAUUUUCUUUUCUUGAGGGCCAUAGUUGUUAUGCUUGAGUUAUGAGAACCCUAGAAGCAUUUAUUUGCUUGACCAAUUUCUUACUUCAACAGUAAAUUUUGUUUGGCUUCUGUUGCGAGAUAUUUAUUUGGCUGCAUAAUAUCUAAUUUAAUUUUCUUGUUAUUUGUGAGCAUUAUGGGCGGGAUUCGAUAUAAAAUUUUCUUACCUGACUGGA